AUGAAUAUAACCGAAACAGACAUAAUCUGGUUGAACCGAGUACUCGGCGACUUCCAUUGCUGGCUGUUUAUGGCAGUUACAGUAUUGACCAUCUACUUCUUCUACAGGUUGAUUGGUGUAAAGCGCGUUCAUGCCAAUUUUCGAAUUGUUCUGGUAAGCCUCCAAUCUACAUACUUCAAAUAAAAACGUUUUCAACGUUUCAGUGUUGUGCUGCCGGAUCAUUCCUAGUGUUCAGUGGAACCCGACUUCUCAUCCAUUUUCUACUUGAUUGCACGGCACAGCUCGAAGACCGAUACGUCAUAAAUAUAGCAUGCACACUAUUAAGCACUCUACAUACGGUCAGUGCGAUGAGUUCAGCAUUAUGUAUGAACUGCUUGGCUAUUGAACAACAUCUUGCAACCACCUGGGUUAACGAAUACGAGAACAAAUCCACUCGUGUUGGCAUGAUACUACUGCUCAUUGUGGUAUGUCAAACGCUCGUCCGAACUCAAAAUUUCAGGCGCUACAAUCCGUUCCGACUGGUUGUUUUAUCAACUGGUGGUAUCUUGGAAAGGAAUACGAUUUCCGUACUUCGAAAGAGAGUUGCAUUCCAAUAGAAUUACAUUGGGAACUUGCGAUGCUCUGUUAUUGUGCGUGUUUUAUCAGUUGUAUGAUUUGCUCAGUGGUAAGUCGUCUUGACGGACAUAAUAUCUUACAUAGAUACAAUCCAAUUCCGGUAAAACGUAGCUAGAUUUCUUCGCUUUGGUCGGCCACGACCACUUACUUUUACACUGCUGGACAAAAUGAUAUGCUCACCGCAAUUUUGCGCUGGCAAUUUGUUCAUAGCAAAUGAAUUGCAAAAUUGCGGUGAGCAUAUCAUUUUUUCCAGCAGUGUAUGUUGCGAAAUACCUAAAAAAAAUGCGGUAUUCUUGUCAAAUUUCUACCUAAAGAUCGGGUUUUCAGUGGCUAGUCUGUCUUCACCGUUACAAUGCCGUCAGGACAAAGAACCGGCUUAACAUGAAAAGCCUGAGCGCACGUUUUCAACAAACUGAAAACGAGAAUUCCAACAAGUCCAUCGCACCGUCGCUUAUUGGCUAUAUGGUUCUCGGAUUGGUAGGGCUAUUUCUCUCGGAAAUGAGGCGAAGACUGGUUUUAAUCUAUGGGGAAUAUGGUGCGUGGCCCAAAUUGACUACACAAGUGAGUUCGUGGGGGUUCAAAAUGAGCCGAUCAUUAUCAGCGGCAGUAGAUAAUUAGUUGCAGUCUGUAAAAUGGGUAGACAAAAGUAUUAGGGUGAACCAAAAUUUUUUUCCGAUUUUUAGGUGUCUUUUUGUCCAAAUGUUUUUGUACAAAAUAAAGACUUUUAGAUGAAUGUAUUAUACAUAUUUUUAAAGGUCUUGAGCUGCUUUAUCAUAAUGUAUAUUAAAACUUUUAAUUGGUCUUUUAUUUAAAAUCUUUUAAGCUGUAGAAAAAACAUGGAAAAAUCCGAAAUUCGUGUUUUUUUACGUCAUUACUGAAAACAAGGCUUCAACGCAACUGCAGCAGCAAAGAAGAUAAGCGAAGUUGAAGGCUACAAUGUAGUCUCAGAUCUUACUGCGCGAUUGGUUCAAACGAUUCAACGACGGCGACACGGACCUCGAGGGCAAGACGUCUUAAAAAACAAUUUUGAAGGCGUAAUUCACUUCGAGUUGGUUCCGAAUGGUCGGACUAUCGACGCAGACCUCUGCUACACUCCACUCGAUCAAAUGUAAUCGACACUUGGCAAAAAAUAUCCCGCUUUGAUCAAUCGAAAGCGCGUACCCCUGCAACAAGACAACGCAAAACCUCGCACCGCCAAACAAACGAAGGAAAAAAUCAAAACUCUCGACGCCAUUGAACUUCUUCCACAUCCAGCGAAUAGUCUGCACAUUGUGUCAUACGACUAUCACCUUUUCCGCUCCAUGGCACACUUUCUGCGUGGUCGUAGCUUCAAUGAUCGGGACGAUGUCGAAAACGGGUGCCGCGAGUUUUUCGCCUCUAACAAGGGCUCGGCAAAACCUCGUCCCCUGGUUUUUUCUUGAAACAUAUACCAUUUGAAAGAGCGUAAAAAACUGGUCUAGAAGCGACUUUUAUUAGCUGCUAUUAUCCACUUACGCGCUGGCUAGCGAGAAUUUUUUAGUUCUAGGCUAGUCUCACCCUUCAUUUGAGAAAACAAACGCGAUCGGUUUUAAAAGCAAACAGAAGCAGUGCUUCGGUGGCCUAGUGGGGAAAGGCGCUGCUCAAGGACCUGCGAAGCGGGUUCGAAUCCUCUUUUGAAUUUUUUAAUUUUUCUGGCUAAUAUGGAACAAAUAGAGUCAGAAAGUUAUGUUUAAUUUUUGACUAGACUUUUGUGUAUACUCAGGUCCAUUUUAAAAGAAAAAACUACAACUUUUUCGUUUUUUUUUAUUUUGGCCUCUUUGACCUUGUAGUGGGACAUCCUGGGUGGUUGAAACUUUCGAAGGCUUUCAUAUUUUUAUUAUACUAGGAAUGCCCGCUAACGGAAAGUACGUAAAAAUUGAGUCUGAAAACAUCAUACAUGUUUGGAACAUCUUCGUUUGUCUUGAGUUACAGGACCUAAAACAUCGCGCAAUCACUCAUUGAGUACAUCAACCUGAAUGUCUCAAACUCAGAAAACCUUUUGUAUUUUUUUGACAUAGGUUGAAGCUUCAACCUCAUAAAUGACUAAUAUUUAUAUGAAAAGUGAUUAUUCGAUCUCGUUCACGUCUCAGAAGCAAAGAGUUCCAAAAUCCAAUUUGGAAAUUUUAAAAAAUGCCCGCUAGCCAGCCCGUAAGUGGAUAAUAGCAGCUAAUUUAAGGUGAUCCUAGACCAGUUUUUUACGCUCUUUCGAAUGGUAUAUGUUUCAAGAUAAAACCAGGGGACGAGGUUUUGCCGAGCCCUUGUAAGAACAAGGAGUGGUACCGUAGCGGAAUCGAACAACUUUCCCAUAGAUGGGCUCAAGCCAUAGAUUCAAAUGGCCUUUACUUUGAAACUUAACUGGUUUUCAUUUGUUGUAAAAUUAUGUUCAAAGCUUUAAUGAAAAAUCGGAAAAAAAUUUUGGUUCACCCUAAUAAAUUGAUCUGUACUGCAAUACUUCAAAAACAAUACCUUGCAUUUCAGAUUGGAUACAUGGCCGUUGACUUCUACGCCCUUCACCACAUGUUCUGCUUCAUGUGUUUCAACAAUGCAAUGAGAAGUUUGGUUGUUCGAGACAUUGGCCGACUUUUUGGGGCUUCUGUUACUGCCAAUUGCCGGCACAACUCAAUUCAGCCUGAAAAAAGUGGCGCCGAAACGGAGACAUAUUUCAAACAAUUCGACGCUGCUUGGAGCUGA